CUUGUGUGAGUGUAUCAGUGCCAACAUUUCAACGAUGGAUGACAGUAAAUUGGAGAAAAUGAAGUAUAAUGAGCUUCAAAAGUUAGCAAAGCAAAAUGGAAUCAAAGCAAACAUGAAACUUGAUAAACUAAGGAAAGCUUUAUUAGACCAUUUCAAGACAAAGACAAAGAACAUGGAAAAGCCUCAGUCAAAUGACAAUGGUGUCACACCAAAGUCUACAAUAGGGAAGGCCUCCAAGACACCAACCACAACAAAGACACCUAAUGUUGUGAAAACACCUAAUGCAUCAAAAGUAGUUCCUGUGGCUAGAAAACUGAAAGAUGAGAAGACUCCAAAAAAUAUCAGUUCACCUAAACCUGCUCCAAAAGCCUCCAAAGCCACAGAAAUUCAAUCCACCACUACAUCCUCUGGGUCAGGUUCUCAUCAGAAAAGAUCCAUACCAGAAGAGCCAACUCCAGAGCCACCGACAAAGAGGAGAAGGUCCACUUUUGAGAAAGUCCCCACUCCUGAGUUACACUCUGACAAGGCCCCUGAAGUAGAACACACCAGAAGGAGUACAUAUGUUGUCAAGACACCUCAGUCAGAGAAAAAGUCAGACAAAGUAAUGAAGACACCAAAAGAGAUUGAAACUAAAACACAGAUUCCCCGAUUUGCAGCUUUUCUUGCCAAGAGGAAGCAGGAGACAGAAACAGAGUCCAAGCCAAUAACGCCUGGAAAAAAUAAAGACUGGAAGAAAAUUCAUGAAAGAAAUUUUGAUAAGAUGGAAUCCAUUGACGAAUACCUUGAAAAGAAAAGAAAAAGGAAUGAAAACUAUGCUGAUUCUGUGAAGAAGACCAAACAGAUCCUAAAUGAUACAUUAGCUAUGGUGAAUAAACUAAAGAGCUACAAAACCCCAACAGCAAUAGUGGAUGAGAAGAAAAAGAAAUUUAUCAACAAAACACCUAAUGCAGUUCCCUUCAAGCCAAGUGUCCUAACAACACAGGAGAUGAACCUGAACUUCUCAGAAAGUAGGAAGUCACCCAGAACAAGUUCAGCUACCAAGCCAUUCAAACCCACAGUGUUCUCCACAAAGAAUAUGAACCUCAACUUUUCAUCUCCCACACCCUCCAGAAAGUCUACUUCAUCAGCAUUUAACAAGUCAAAGACUACACCAUUCAAAUUCAAUGCCUCACUAAACAACACUUUAAAUGGUUCUAUGUCAGCCAAAAGACCGACCUUUGACCUUCAGGCUAGUCUUGCACGUCCAAUGACCUGGAAGGCUCAUAAAGGGAAGCUGAAACCUUUCAACAGUCAGGCUGCAUUCAACAAAUCCAGCUCCAUCAGUGUAAAAACCCCUAACACACAAACACGGGAUGACAGAAGGAAAGUAAUGGCAGCUAAAAGAUCUAGUGCUAAAUUCAACACUGCCAUGGAGAGGAGAGGAAUCAAGUCAUAAAUUGACCAAUAUAUGAAAGAAUAUGUCCCUAGUCUUCAUGUCAUUUACACAUCAAAUUUUCACUGAAUUCAUUUGGUAGGCUGUUCUAAAAUUAAUUCUAUGCUUAACAUCACCUGAAAACUCAAGGGAGAAAAUUCAAAAAGAUUUCAAAGAAAUGAGUAUUAAUCAAAAUACCUGAAUACCAUGGAAAUUUGAAUACCAGUCAACAUAUAGGCUUAUUGUUUAGAUUUAUCUUAAUAAUAAAUCUUAGUUAAAAAGAUAACUUCAGUGAGUAUUCCAAAUAUACUUCUAAACGGACCCAAAUGUUGUCUAUUCCUAUGAAAGGCAGUUUUUUAGUUGCUAAAAAUUCAAGCAAACUGGAAUAGAUUUUUUUUUUAAGCAAUGAGAGCUGCAUUUUUGAGAAUUUUAUUUUGCUGUUAAA